GGACCGCCGCGCGUUCCAGCGGCAGAGCAGGGUGGGUGGGGCGGGAGUGCCGGGCCUCCGCCCCCUCCGCCUGCCUUUCUUUCCUGCCUCUCUAGGUCCCCGGGGCCGGCGGACCCGCGGGCAGGCACUGCUUGGGCUGGACGACCUCUGGCCGGCUCCCGGCGAAGAGCAGCGGAGGAGCGGCCCAGCGCGCGCAGCUAGGGCACUGGUGAAACGCCGGGACAGUCCCUCUCCGUGCGGGGGCGGCGCAGAGCAGUCCCAUCCCCGGGGUCCCGGGCGCGGCUGACUGCCGGCUGGUUCCCUGCGCUCAGUAGCUCCCCGAGCCAGGCUGCACCGGAGGCGGCGAGAUGGUCGCGCGCCUCGGCCUCCUGCUGCGCGCCCUGCCGCUGCUACUGUGGGGCCGCCUGGACGCCCAGCCGGCGGAGCGCGGAGGCCAGGAGCUGCGCAAGGAGGCGGAGGCAUUCCUAGAGAAGUACGGAUACCUCAAUGAACAGGUCCCCAAAGCUCCCACCUCCAGUCGAUUCAGCGAUGCCAUCAGAGCGUUUCAGUGGGUGUCCCAGCUACCUGUCAGCGGCGUGCUGGACCGCGCCACUCUGCGCCAGAUGACUCGUCCCCGCUGUGGGGUUACAGAUACCAACAGUUAUGCGGCCUGGGCUGAGAGGAUCAGUGACUUGUUUGCUAGACACCGGACCAAAAUGAGGCGUAAGAAACGCUUUGCAAAGCAAGGUAACAAAUGGUACAAGCAGCACCUCUCCUACCGCCUGGUGAACUGGCCUGAGCGUCUGCCAGAGCUGGCAGUUCGGGGCGCCGUGCGCGCCGCCUUCCAGUUGUGGAGUAACGUCUCAGCGCUGGAGUUCUGGGAGGCCCCAGCCACAGGCCCUGCUGACAUCCGGCUCACCUUCUUCCAAAGGGACCACAACGACGGGCUGGGCAACGCCUUUGAUGGCCCAGGGGGCGCCCUGGCGCACGCCUUCCUGCCCCGCCGCGGCGAAGCGCACUUCGAUCAAGAUGAGCGCUGGUCCCUGAGCCGCCGCCGCGGGCGCAACCUGUUCGUGGUGCUGGCGCACGAGAUCGGUCACACGCUUGGCCUCACCCACUCGCCCGCGCCGCGCGCGCUCAUGGCGCCCUACUACAAGAGGCUGGGCCGCGACGCGCUGCUCAGCUGGGACGACGUGCUGGCCGUGCAGAGCCUGUAUGGGAAGCCCCUAGGGGGCUCAGUGGCCAUCCAGCUCCCAGGAAAGCUGUUCACUGACUUUGAGGCCUGGGACUCCCACAGCCCCCAAGGAAGGCGCCCUGAAACGCAGGGCCCUAAAUACUGCCACUCUUCCUUUGAUGCCAUCACUGUUGGACGGCAUCUUCCCUGGAAAGACAGCAGGAAGCUGAUGGUCACUCCUCAACUCCCUCUCGUCUCUGGGCAGACAGGCAACAGCAACUGUACAUUUUUAAAGGGAGCCACUUCUGGGAGGUGGCAGCUGAUGGCAACGUCUCAGAGCCCCGUCCACUACAGGAAAGGUGGGUCGGGCUGUCCCCCAACAUUGAGGCUGCUGCAGUGUCAUUGGAGGAUGGAGAUUUCUACUUCUUCAAAGGGGGUCGAUGCUGGAGGUUCCGGGGCCCCAAGCCAGUGUGGGGUCUCCCACAGCUGUGCCGGGCAGGGGGCCUGCCCCGCCAUCCCGACGCCGCCCUCUUCUUCCCUCCUCUGCGCCGCCUCAUCCUCUUCAAGGGUGCCCGCUACUACGUGCUGGCCCGAGGGGGACUGCAAGUGGAGCCCUACUACCCCCGAAGUCUGCAGGACUGGGGAGGCAUCCCUGAGGAGGUCAGCGGCGCCCUGCCGAGGCCUGAUGGCUCCAUCAUCUUCUUCCGAGACGACCGCUACUGGCGCCUCGACCAGGCCAAACUGCGGGCGACCACCUCGGGCCGCUGGGCCACCGAGCUGCCCUGGAUGGGCUGCUGGCAUGCCAACUCGGGGAGCGCCCUGUUCUGAAGGCACCUCCUCACCUCCGAAACUGGUGGUGCUCUCAGGGCGAAAUCAUGUUCCCCACCCCCAGGGCAGAACCCAUCUUAGAAGCCUCUGAGUCCCUCUGCAGAAGACCGGGCAGCAAAGCCUCCAUCUGGAAGUCUGUCUGCCUUUGUUCCUUGAAGAAUGCAGCAUUGUCUUUGUCUGUUCCCACCACAUGGAGGUGGGGGUGGGAUCAAUCUUAGGAAAAGCAAAAAAGGGUCCCAGAUCCCUUGGCCCUUUCCUCCAAGGACUUCUAUCCUCCCCAGGCCUUUGUUUCUUCUGCUAAAGGUACAGUUCCUUUCAAGAGGUGACAGCACUGGGAUCCAAGCAGGGGGAUGAAAAACUCAACAGAGAUAUUACAGACCAUUUUGCAAGACUGUGCCCUUCUCCUCAGGACCUCCUGGCUCAGUUCUUGAAAAACGGUGUCAUAUUUAGUUAGAGGCCCCACCCCUAGGAAGCAUGGUUGGGGAUGAAGGCACAGGCGUCUCCAACCUCAGGGGCCUUUUGUGGGGUCAGGACGCAGAGUGGGAGGGAGACUGAUGCAGGCCUACCAGUCCCUGGCUUUUUGUCUGGGGCUAGAAUAAAGAGGUGCCUUCAGCUGGUGGGCCAAGAGGCAGGAA